CCCUUCCUGCUCGCCGGGCUGCCUACCAGAGGAGCUCUCGGCCAACGGGCGUGCAGCUCUCUCGGAUCGCGGGCGGGGAGAGGUGGAGCUCUCUGCGCAGGCGGGGCCCUGCGCCUUCGGGCUCUCCCCUGCAACCUCUGCGGGAGGGAACUGUCUGGUGGUGCUAGCUCGUGGUCCAGUCCCCGCCCGGACAGGUAGCUCGCCCCUCCCCUGGGCAGGUACACACCGCUGCGGAGCGGGCUCGAGUGGGCCGCUCUGCGCCCUCCUCCUGUGCUUAUAUGUGGCCCCAUUUGGACGCUCGGGCAUGGAGCACGCUCCUCGACCUCAACGAUGGACUUGGACGAGUUGCUCCUGCUGGACUGCUUCGCCUACCUAGAGGGUGUCUUGGCUUUUGUGUUCUUCGUAUUGCUCAGUUAUGUGGGCUCUCCCUAUGGCCGCUACUCGUGGCAGCAUCCCGGAGUCCAGGUGCCGGCGCGACCGGCCUGGUUCCUGCAGGAGCUGCCCUCGAUGGUUUGGCCGCUGUAUGAGUGCGUCCGCCCUGCAGCCGCGCGCCUGAGCAACCUGCCCAACCGGGUCCUGCUAGCCAUGUUUUUGAUCCAUUAUAUACAAAGGACUCUGGUUUUCUCGGUCCUGAUCCGAGGAGGGAAACCCACGCCCCUGAUUUCCUUUAUUGGAGCAGUGCUGUUCUGCACCUUCAACGGCUACCUGCAGAGCAGGUACUUGAGCCAGUUUGCAGAGUAUGCGGACGACUGGGUGGCCCAGCCCUGUUUCCUGACCGGUUUUGCCUUGUGGUUAAUAGGCAUGGUGGUAAAUAUCCAUUCUGACCACAUCCUGAGGAAUCUGAGAAAACCAGGGGACACUGGAUACAAAAUUCCCAGGGGAGGCCUGUUCGAAUAUGUCACUGCAGCCAACUACCUUGGGGAGAUUGUGGAGUGGUGUGGCUUUGCACUGGCCAGCUGGUCCCCCUCGGGCGGAGCGUUUGCUCUGUUCACGAUCAGUACGCUGCUCAGCAGGGCAAGGCAGCAUCACCAGUGGUACCAUGAGAAGUUUGAAGAUUACCCCAAAUCGAGAAAAAUUCUAAUUCCAUUUGUGUAUUAAUGUGAUGUCAGCGACAUCAUCCUUGAAGAGCUUCUUCCUGGCGGCGACGUCUCUCUGGGCAAUUAUCAAUGAACUGUUUUCCUUAAUUCUGCAGCACCACUGUUUUCAGGAAGGGCUAUGGGGGUUUCCAUCCCCUGGUAAAGGAGUAAGCCAAUCAUAAAGUAAUCCCACUGUGUGCUGUGCUGUUAGGGACGGUGCUGCCUGCCAGACCAGGAUUGGGGAGCACUGGGCCAUUGCAGCUGUCUCUGCCUUCAAAUGUGCCUCUUUGCCGUUUUGGUUUUGUUUCUUUGUUUAU